ACCCCAUCAGAGUGUAUAUUUGAAUUUCUUCGAUUAACCACAAUAACCACUGGUAGUAGCUAUGAAUUCAAAGUUGCUUUUUGUCUUUGUCGGACUGCUGGUGAGAGAAGCAGUGGGUCAUGGGAUGAUGCUGGAUCCUCCAAACAGGAGCUCCGUAUGGAGGGUGAACCCACGUGCUCUUAAGGACUACGACGACAAUUCCAACUUCUGUGGCAGUGCUUAUGUACAACAUUAUAAAAAUGGAGGCAAAUGUGGACUUUGCGGUGAUUCGUAUAGUGAUCCUCAUCCUCAGGAUAAUGAGAAUACUGGUAAAUAUGGGGCAGGACUAAUUGCAGGAACAUACGAGGCUGGCAGCGUUAUUGACGUCAAAAUCAGACUCACAGCUAACCAUCUUGGAACAUUCACUUAUAGUUUGUGCAAGUUGGAGGACCCUAAGGCACCGGAAUCUGGAGAGGAUUGCUUCAUUCCUCUUAUGUUAGAAGAUGGUUCUAGUCAGUACAACGUCACAAGCGAUGAGUUCAAUAUUAUAAACAAGGUACAACUUCCUGAGGAGCCCUGCGAGAGGUGUGUCCUUCGCUGGCAUUACACAGCAGGUAACAACUGGGGAGUGUGUGACGAUGGAACUUCCGGAUUAGGAUGUGGACCCCAGGAGACCUUCCGCUCCUGUUCUGAUAUUGUUAUUCAAUAAUCUAUAUUAUAAAUGCAUACCGAAAUAAACAAUGCAUUGAACGAUUAUCAUGAA